UUCUUCAUUCACUGCCUUUUACUUUACUAUGUCUUUGUCUAACAAGCUCUCUAUCCGUGACCUCCAACUCAAGAACAAGCGUGUUCUCAUCAGACGGCCUCAUCUUUUAAUUGCUCAGAGUUGACUUCAACGUUCCCUUGAAAGACGGAAAGAUCACUAACAACAACCGCAUUGUUCAAGCUUUGCCCACUGUUAAGUAUGCUUUGGAGAACGGUGCUUCCGCUGUUAUCUUGAUGUCCCAUCUUGGCCGUCCCGAUGGCAAGCGCCAGGAAAAGUACUCUCUUGCUCCCGUUGCUACUGAAGUUGAGAAGCUUCUUGGUCAACCCGUCACUUUCCUUAGCGACUGCGUUGGUCCCGAAGUUGAGUCUGCCUGCCAGGGUGCCACUGGUGGCAAGGUCAUCCUUUUGGAGAACCUUCGUUUCCACAUUGAAGAGGAAGGCUCUGCUAAGGAUAAGGACGGUAACAAGACCAAGGCUGACCCUGAGUCCGUCAAGAAGUUCCGUGCUAGCUUGACCAGCCUUGCUGAUGUCUAUGUCAACGAUGCUUUCGGUACUGCUCACCGCGCUCACUCUUCCAUGGUUGGUGUCGAGCUUCCUCAACGCGCUGCCGGUUUCCUCAUGCAGAAGGAACUUGAGUACUUUGCCAAGGUCCUUGAGCAUCCUGAAAGACCUUUCCUUGCUAUCCUCGGAGGCGCCAAAGUAUCAGAUAAGAUCAAGUUGAUUGAGAAUAUGCUUGACAAGGUCAAUGCUUUGAUCAUUUGCGGUGGUAUGUCCUUCACUUUCAAGAAGACUUUGGAUAACGUCAAGAUUGGAAAGUCUUUGUACGAUAAGGCUGGCUCUGAGUUGGUUCAAGGUCUCGUUGAGAAGGCCAAGGCCAAGAAUGUCAAGUUGGUCUUCCCUGUUGACUAUGUCACCGCCGAUGACUUCAGCCCCAACGCUAACACUGGUUACGCCACCGAUGCUCAAGGUAUCCCUGACGACUGGCAAGGUCUUGACUGUGGUAAGGAGUCCAACAAGAUCUUCCGUGAAGAGAUUCUUGCCUCCAAGACCAUUCUCUGGAACGGCCCCACUGGUGUCUUCGAAUUUGACAAGUUCUCCACUGGUACCAAGGCUUCCCUCGAGGCUGUCAUUGAAGCUACCAAGAACGGUGCUACUACCAUCAUUGGUGGUGGUGACACUGCCACUGCUGCUUUGCAAUGGGGUGCUGAGGGUAAGAUCAGCCAUAUCUCCACUGGUGGUGGUGCCUCUUUGGAAUUGUUGGAAGGCAAGGAACUCCCUGGUGUUGCUGCUCUUUCCACCAAAUAAGUAGUCUUCGAAUUUUCGUACCUCCCCUUCCCGCAUCUGUUACAAUAUUCUCAUCUCCUCAGACGGGCUUGAUUCUGUAUAAAGCCUUGUUUCCAACUCACAUUUAAUAAACAAAGCAUUUGUUCUAUACAAUUUUGAUCGCUGG